GUCCGCACUUCUCCUGUUCUCUAGUCGCCAACUCGCCACUAGGGUCUAGACUCAAUGAAGAGAUAUUGGGCUACCGUUCCUUCACCGGGUAGUUCAAAUAAUAAUGCUUCAAAUAUUGCAUCUCAAUGUUCUUCAUCAAUACCUAAACAAGUUGAUUUGGAUGAGCUUCCCUCAGAUCCCGCAAAAAGAAGGAAAAUUUCUGAGUACCAUCCUAAUCAAAUAGAUGAAAUCAGGAGAAAAUAUUUGAUUAAAGGACCUUGUCAACCACGUGGUCAUGACUUCCCACAAAAAGAAAUUGUGAAGAAUGAAUAUCGUAUUCGUUUGAAUGCUUCUAUUGAUGUUUCAAGAUUUUUAUUGCGUCAAGGACUGCCUUAUCGUGGUCAUGAUGAAUCUGAAGAGU